CCCUCUGCCUCUUCCGCAUGCGGCUGCGUCCACGUGCACCGCGGCGCUGGUGGCCACUCCGCCUCCUUCCGGUUGAGGUUCCGCUCGAGUGGGUGGAGGGAGUUUUGUUGUUAGGGUUCGUUGUUUGAGGUAAUGCCGAGUCUUGACGAACUAUGAAGAAUCAAACCCUUUUUAUUUGCCUUAUCGGUCAUACUCCCAAUCUCAAAUUACUUGGUCUUCUACAGGGUUUUGCCGCUGGCCUCAUGCUGAGCAUGUCAUUUUUGGACUUGACCCAUGAUGCUCUGAACUCUGUUGGCUUUCUAAAGGGUAACAUUUGGUUGCAAGUAUUAGUUUGCACAACUUCCCUAAGGGAAUGGCAGUGUUCCUUGGUUCAACGAAGGAGGAUGAUCCAUGGAGGGCGACAACGAAGACAAAUAUACAAGAGACGGAACCACAGACAUCAGAGGCAACCCUGCAGUAAAAGAGAGCACAGGAAGAUGGAGAGCCUGCCCAUACAUUCUUGCAAAUGAAUGUUGUGAAAGAUUGGCAUAUUAUGGGUUGAGCACCAAUCUUGUAAGUUACAUGGAGGAUAUCCGGAAUCAAGGCAAUGCUACAAUAGCCAACAAUGUCAAACUGGUUGCAAGCGACUAAUUAGUCAACAAUUUUAUUUCUGAUGCCGCGUGCCCUAAAUUAGGGGCUUUGUUUUGGCAUUAGCCUUGCUCUAGCUAUUGCAUUGCACCAAGGGAGCUAUCUUCUCUCUCAUGUGAGCACCCCUCUUGGCACCACCAUUGGAGUUGCUCUCAUCACCAAUAACUUCUGAAAACAAAGGGGGAAGUUAACAAAUUAAAAAAGCAAUGCAGGCUCAUCACCAAGAACACCCACAUAAUGAAGAAAUAGGAGAGCAGGGGCAUGAGAAGAAGCCAAUGAUGUAGAGAGUGAAGGACAAGGUGAAGAAGCCAGAGAUGAAGAUGAAGGAGACUAUUAGCAAGAAGAUGCAUCAUGGUCAUGACGACGGCCGUAGAG